AUGAAUCUGUUUAUGACCGUUGUGGUUUUGGGCACGUGCAUGAUGGCUGUGUGCCUGGCAAUGCCACAAGGAGGUAAAGAUGGUGAAAUAUUUUCAAACGAAGCCAUCAGACAAGCACAGAGUACACAUCUUAUACCACAAAAUGCUCAGAUUCAGAAGGUCCAAGAAGGCGUAGAGGUGGUCGCAUACGAGUCGAUACCUGGGUCACAGGCCAUCAACCUGUUCGAAAUCCUCGGUGACCACGUACCUCCAGAGGUGGUCAGCAACCUGCAAACCCAAGUUGAUCAAGUUGGAAAACAGUGA